AGAACUCAGCACAGUCUUUCUAAGUUGUGUAGAGGUUAUUCAUUUAACGUGGCUUUGUUGGUUUGUGAAAAAUACAUUUCCCGAUGUUCCUUUCCACAGAUUUCAUCCUUCAUCAGUCUGUUGCCUCAGAAUCGUUGUCUGUUGACACAUUCAGCUAUAAGAAUGAUGUCUACGUGGCCAUUUCUGCUCCCAGCACAGAGAGCUGUAUGAUUUUCCAGUGGGACCACAUAGAAAUGAACUUCAGGACUUAUGAUAACAUCACAGGUCAGUCUAUUGUGGGGUGCAAAUCUGUUAUCAUGGAAAAUGAGGUGUUUGUCAUUGUGGCUCAGCUGUUUGGUGGUUCCCACAUUUACAAGUUUGAUGACGAGCAAAGCAGGUUCAAAGAGAAAGGACCUUAUAAACUGUUAAAUAUCCACACCUUCAUAGUUUUCACUCACAAAUUAGAGCGGGGUCAAGAUGUAUCGUGACUAUUUCUGAAUGGCCUUGCACUCAUGGAUCUUCAGACUUUCUGAAGUACUACCCUUUCAUAACUACUUCUAUUCUCUUAAAAAUACCACUGAAGUUCAUGAUGGGUUAAAAAAGA